AUUGGGUAGCGCACUGAGGGAGGUAGGGAGGGGGUCGUGGAAGGGGCAGUUUGCCGUUGCCGGGAGGAGGAGCACGCGCCCCUUCGGGGAGUAGCGCAGCUAAGAUGGAGGCCGGUGAGAAGCGGCUCACCUGGAAUGUUUCACCAAAAAAUGGUGUUGAAGUAUUUUUCUCACGAGACAUUUGUGAAAAAUAUUCCUUGUCUCCAACUAUCUCUGAACUGUGGAUUUUGUCAAACAAACAUAAAGAAGAAAAUGUAGAGGCAUCAGUAAACUCUGUAGAAGAUGCGAAAACAUUUAACACACAGGCUGCAGCUCCAGCUGAGGAGGAAGUUAAACCCACAGCUGAUGAUAAUCCUUUUCCAGAGCCCAGAAUCCCCUAUCCUUAUGUCUCUAGUCUAACUGAGAAGGAGCAGAAAACAUAUUUAUAUCUAAUGACUAAGUUUUCAAAAAAGCCUGCAUCCUACCAAUUCAUUGCAAAACAUCAAAGAGAAUAUUCCCAGUAUUUGCAAAUGAAAGAAUUUCUGAACAGUGAAAUUGCAGAAUUUUUGAAAUUUGCACAAAAUGCAGCCAAGAGUUGUGUUCAGGAUUAUGAUACCAUCUCUGAGGAUGCACUGCUUUAUACUGAGCAAUUUCUAAGUGCUUGUAUUGGACAUGUAAAGAAGUACCCUGAAUUUUACAUUCUCCAUGAAAUCACCAGUAUCAUGGGAGGCAAAUUUAGCACAGAGUUGACCUUGAAGCUGGAGAAAAAUCUACUUGCAUUGGGAAAGGCAAGUUUUGUUAAAGUAUUGUCACCUGCCAUGUAUAUGCAACUACAGCUAUCCGUAGAUUAUAAAACUGCAGCAUCUGUUGCAACUCCAGAACAGAAAGCUUCUGCUAUGCACGAUGACAUUAGUUUGGAUCCAAAUGCUGAAAAACUUGCUUUAAAAUAUUGUCCACAAAUAGUUUUAAAUAGUCAGUCAUUAUUUACUUUGUUGAAUAAUCAUGGACUAAACUAUAAGGAACAGUGGGAAAUACCAGUUUCUGUUAAAAUGAUCACUGUUGCAGGUGCCAAACCAGUCAAAGUGAUUUAUAUUGACUCACCACUCCCAAAAAAAGAGAUGACAGUGAGAGAGAAGAACCAAAUUUUUCAUGAAAUCCCGCUGAACUCUCUGAUGUCCAAAAAUUCAAUUAUUCCAGUCUCUGCUGUGUUGAUGGACAAUCCAUUUGAGGAAAAUAUGUUUCAGUGGAACAUGCCUCCUGAUGCUUGUCAAUUAAGGAGGACUCCGACUCUGGACCACAUGGAUCUAGACUUUGACAAUGAUGUCACAGAAUUGGAGACCUUUGGAGCAGCAUCUAAGCCCUUGAAGACAUCCAAAACGGAAAAUACUCCUGCUAACGUAUGUAAAACUCUAUCAGACAAGCUAAAAAUAGAGAAACAGUUGGUAACUACUGUAAGCGAUGGUGCUGAGGAGGGAACAAGUAAAGUUAAUGAGCAAGGAUUUUCAGCAUGUAGUAAUGUGCAGAAUGUGAACAAGACACAGCUGCCAUCAUCGAAUGGUGAUGUCGGGUGGACUGAUUCUGAAGAAAAUUCCUCAUUUAAAGGCCUCGAUUCAGAUGAAGUUGAGUUAAAUGAUGAGCAACAUGGUACGGCCACAAACAAAGUAUUGGACACUUGUACAAAGUUAAGUACUUCGGCUAAAACUGAUAGUUUCAAGAGAGAAUCUGAAGUUACAGAAGUAAAUGAGACUCCCAUUUCUUUUUGCAAUAGUGAUACUGAUGAAGAACGUUUGAUUAUUGACACAGAAUGUAAAAGUGGGGAAUAUUGCAAAGCAGCUGUGUUCAGUUCUAAUCCAAAUCCUGUAGCAGAUAUACCUAAAUCACCCUCCCCGAUACACACUUCAUCAAGUAGCUUGGCUAACUCUUCAGAGAGCCCAGACCAGGAAAAAACUGCUUCCAAAAAACCUUUCAAAAGACUGUCUAAAGAAUUUGACCCCCUUGGACAAAUUUUGAAAAUGCAAACUGAACUCCUUAAGCCGCCUUCCCCAAAAGCUCCUGAGCAGCCACUGGUGAAUUGUGAUAAAAGUUCUAAUCCUACACCAAGCCUUGUGCCACCACCUUCAAAACCUACUGUAGCUUCCAGCAUGGAACCUGCUGCAAACACAAGCAGCUUACCUAAACUUACAUGGACUUCACAUUUUCAGGGAGGUCCAAAGGGAUUGCUCCCAACUGAACUUAAGAUGCUUGUUGAAGACCAGUCAGAAUACACAGCUCCUCAGGAUGGCAAUCUUGUAUAUAAAUUGUUCAGUCUGGAUGAUCUGCUGUUACUCGUGCGUUGCAGUGUAGAAAAAGUAAGGACAGAGCCACGAUCCUGUAAUAAAAGACAAAUCAGAAAGCAUACUCCAGUUUACAUAUUGCCAAAAGUAGAAUAUCAAGCCUAUUAUGGAGUAGAAGCUCUUACAGAAAGUGAAAUAUGUCGGUUGUGGACAGAGAGCUUGUUGCAUUCUAAAUGCUCAUUUUAUGUUGGACAUAUUGAUGCCUUUACGUCAAAGCUCAUUAUGCUUGAAGAGAUUUCUCCAGAACGGUUAAGAGAAAAAUUUGGAUUAUUUAAGCCUGCAAAUCCAUUAAAUAUAUUUCGACAUAUCUUGAAGAAAGUGAUUGAUUUGCAGGAGGGCUCUUACUUAUUGACUCAUGCUUCAGGAGAUUCAUCAGUUGCAAUCUACCAGAGCUGUCUUGGGAAAGUGACCAGAGCAUCAUAUAAUUUACAUAAAGCUCACUGCAGUCUGCCUAAUAUACCUUCCACCCUCUCCGUUCCAUGGGUACCAUUAGAUCCCAACCUUCCUUUACCCUAUCACGCUAAUCACGGAAGAGUCCCAUGCACCUUUCCACCUAGACCCCAAGAAACUAUGAGAAAACAGAAGAUGAAUUGGGCAAAAGCACACACAGACACACCCAACAAUGAAAAGCCAGUAUCCAUGGAAACAAAAAGCAAUCCCUUGCCAGCUAAGCCUGUUAGAAAUGAAGGUGUGGCUGCAAAGAAACUGAAGAAAAAUAAUGGCAAACAAGCAAAUAAGAUGAAAAAGUGGAAAAAGAAAUAA